AAAUAAACUUGCUUCUGUUGGCUGGGCAGGAAAAGAGCUCCAAAAUGUUAAAGUAGUUGAAUACUUUCUAUUAUAAGAACUCAGCUGUAGUGGUUUCUAAUGUAUUCAAGCACGGUUGCCUUAAGUGGCCUUUUGGUGGUCUCUAACUUUGAUUUUUCUGACCUUGUGGGCUGCAAUUCUUGUUUCCAGGUGUCUCCCUUAGACCAAGCAUUUUUAGGAAGGCAACAGCAAAAGACCAACUCCAAACCAGCAAAGCCAGUGAGCAAAAUAAGUGAAUCUUAAGUUGUUGUCUAACACUGUUCUAAGCAAUCUCCCUCUUUCUUGUUGGUAUUCAGCAGCUGCAGCUAAGCUUCCCACUGGGCCUAUGGAGCCACAAGGGAUUGUCAAAGCCUUUCCCAAGAGGAAGAAGGUGAGGGAUGACCCAGGGAAAAGCAUCCCUCCAAAGAUCCCAAAAGAGGAAGGAACAGAGAUGCCUGAGGAGUGGCUGAAACCAGUCACCGCCUACGUGUUGCAAGCUGGCAUCGGCCAAGCCAGGGCAGAGAUCUUCCACAAGCAGAUUGUCCAGAAUGGGGGUGUUGUACGCAACCAGCUCUCCUCGGAGGUGACGCACGUCAUUGUGGCUGAAGACAUGGAUGGUGAUCGGGCCUUUCGGCUCCUUAAAUUAACCAAGCAACCUUCAGGGUUGCAGCUAGUGAAGGCAUCCUGGCUAAGCGCUUGUAUUAGAGACCAGAAGCUGCUGAGUACCACUGGCUACAGUGUCUUUAUCCCUCACAGGCAUCUGAUCCAUGGCCAGCACCCAGAAGAGGGAGAACUGCUGAAAGAGCAGCAGCAGCAGGUCCUGGGCAGCGAAGAGAUCCAGUCCCCAGCAGAGGAGAGAGCAGUGAAACCAAAUACUACUGAAGCACAGGUGGAGGAUUCCUCACAGCGAGGCCUGGGCACCCUUGGACAGCAGCAGCUGGCUGAGAAAUUCUCUGAUGAUGAAGACAGUGAAGGAGAAGAUGCUAGUGUCACCCAGGGGGAUCUGGAAGCAUUGAUUUCUGGCCGCUACCCUGCAAAAUCAUCAGAGGAGACCAGUGACAGCUCUUCUGCGGUGGCCCAGCCUGCCAGCAAGUGGGUUUGUGCCCAUUCCUCCAACAGCAAGAAGGAGAAUCACAACCAGUGCAUCACAGAGAAGCUGGAAGUGCUGGCAAAGGCCUAUUCUGUCCAGGGGGACAAGUGGAGAGCUCUGGGCUACUCCAAAGCCAUCAAUGCACUCAAGAGCUACCACAAACCAGUCACCUCCUACCAGGAGGCCUGUAAAAUCCCUGGGAUUGGGAAGCGAAUGGCAGAGAAGAUCAUGGAGAUCUUGGAGAGUGGGCACCUGCGCAAGCUGGAUCACAUCAGUGAGAGUGUGCCUGUGCUGGAGUUGUUUUCCAACAUCUGGGGAGCGGGGGUCAAGACAGCUCAGAUGUGGUACCAGCAGGGUUUCCGGACGCUGGAUGAUAUCCGCACCAAGGCGACUGUCACCCGCCAGCAAGCUGUGGGGCUGAAGCACUACACGGAUUUCCUGGAGCGCAUGCCCCGGGAGGAAGCUGCAGAAAUAGAACAGACCGUCAGAGAAGCUGCCCUGGCCCUGAAGCCUGGGCUCGUGUGUGUGGCAUGUGGCUCCUACCGUCGGGGGAAGUCCACCUGUGGAGAUGUGGAUGUGCUGGUCACUCACCCAGAUGGGCAGUCUCACCGUGGGGUGUUCAACAAGCUGCUUGACAGCCUCCGCAGGAGCGGCUUCCUUACGGACGACCUGGUGACUCAGGAGGACAACGGUGAUCAGAAGAAGUACCUGGGGGUGUGCUGCCUCCCUGGGCCAGCCCGGCGUCACCGCCGGCUUGACAUCAUCGUGGUGCCUUACAGUGAGUUUGCCUGCGCCCUGCUCUACUUCACCGGCUCAGCUCACUUCAACCGCUCCAUGCGGGCCCUGGCCAAGACCAAGGGCAUGAGCCUCUCGGAGCAUUCCCUCAGCUUAGCCGUGGUGCGAGGCCCUGGAGGUGUCAAGGUGUCAUCUGGCCAUGCUCUGCCCACUCCCACUGAGCAAGAUGUCUUCAUUCAGCUGGGGCUGCCUUACCGGGAGCCCUCAGAACGGGACUGGUGACACCUGGUUGUCAACCAGCACCCUGGGCCCACUGCUGUGCUGCUGUUUUGAAGGGUGCUGGUUUCUCCAAAGCUGCUCUGCAGUGACUGCAGACUGGAGAACAUAUCCCAGCAAACUGGGGCUUCUCGCAAGCGCGGGACCCUGCUGCUGGCAGAGCUGUGUGGCUUCACCCAGCAGAGGCCAUGGGCUGGAACCAUGCUGGAAGUGUUGCCUGAUGCCACAGGCAGCCCCUGGCUACCAAAAGGGCUUGCUGCCCAUCAGCUACCCUGGCCCUACUCUCCCAGGGGAAGCUUCAGAAGGCUGGGCUGCAGAGCCUUGUAAUCCAGCCCCUCCCAGUGCUGGGGAUGGGGGAAGUGGGUUGCGUCUUCCUGUGUGUCUGUGCACAGACACCCUAAAAUCUCUGUCCUGAGCUGUGUGUGAAGGCAGCCAGGGUCUGGCUUGGCCCUGGAACAGGCUUUUCCCCUUCUCACUACUGCUUGCAGUUGCUGCUGUGGGAAUUGUGAAGGGUCCCCCUGUGCUGCUGCUGUGUCCUCCCUCCAUCUGAGCUGACUUGUGCCUCAUUGCACAGGGCCAGAAUGCUGCCACUGCCACCAGCUUCCCCUGGUGCCAGGUAAGCCUUGAAGGAGGUGUAGGAACCCGUUGGGCUCUGCCUGCUUGCUCUCAGCCCAUCGUUUCCUGAGGAUCCUCCAGUGCAGGGCUGUGGUCCCCCCGUGUGGCCCCAAGGGCUCCUUUCCUCUCAGUGCAGGAGGGGAGCAGACCUUGUGGCCCAGGGGAGCUGUGGUCAGGAAGGGUUUGAGUGUAAUGGCACUGAAUGUAACCCAGCAGGGCUGCGUGCUCGUGCAUAGGAGGCAUGGAGGCAGAGAGAAACACGAGGAGAUAGUUCAGUUCUAAUUUGGGCAAAGCAAAGCUUUCCCUUUGUACGUAUGGAAGCCAUGGAGUCAUCUUGUCUUUGAUCGGAGAGUGUGUGUGUGUGCGCGCGCAUUUGAAUAUACAUGUACAUGUGUGCUGGCCUCGCCAGUUCCGUGGGAGUGGAUUUGAUUUCUCAGGAAACCUGAACUGGUUUUAUAUUCUGGAGAUGAAUGCCCCCAUGCUCUGUCUCCAUUACGGGUACUGCAGUGGUUCCUCCUGGCAGAGGUGCUGCUCUGCGGCAGCGGCUGCCAGGAACGCCAUGGUGGGUGUUUCUGUGGAAGGACCCCCGGGCUCCCUCUGGCUGGUCUCUGGGCCUGGCCUCCCACUCCCUUGUCUUGUGGGGGACCUGGCCACCCCCUCUCUGCACUCUGCCAUGUCUUCGUCAUGUGCAGUGCCAAGCUGCGUGUUUGCUGCCAGGGCAGGCACAAGGGCAUUAAACCUGGUGGGUUUGCACAGUUUCUUGCUGCAGUGUCAGCCGUGGCUGCUGGGCACCGGUCGUGGGGCUGGGGUAUUUGCUGGGGAGACCUUGACCCCAGCAGCGUCGUUUGUCAGCCCGGCCUUUCUGCCGAACACCUGAUGGAAAUGAAUGUCUUCUGGCAUCUCUUGGUGCUUUGAAAUUUGAAGUAAAAUAAAUCCCAUCCCUCUUUUUCCUUCACAUCUCUGUCUUUUUGCUCUCUGCCCUGCAACUGUUGGGACUCUUCUCUCUGGCUCACCAGGAGCCCCUCCUGUGCUGGCCAAUCUCCCUGUUUUCAGUACAGGCAGGGAAAAGGCAGGGGAGACCUUCACACUGUUGGAUCACCGCUUCUGGCUCCCAGGGUAGGGAGUUGGUGGCCACCAUCCUCCCAUGGCAGAGAGGGACCUGGCUCUGUCCCGGCAUCCAGCUGGCCACGUGGCUGCGCUGGGGCUGGCCGUGCCCAGAGAAGGGAGCAAUUCCCAAGCUCUGAGCCUUGGGCUGAGCUCUUACUUCAUGUGUGGAGUCAGGGAGGGAUUGCUGUCAGCUUUUCCGUAUUUCAUCAGGGUAGGGUAUUUGGGAGUUGGCUGCUGCUCUGUGUCCUGUUCUGUGCCUGGAACACAGCUCAGUCUCCUGAGCAUUGAAAUGCUUUGGUUUUCCAAGGGGAAUCUGAACAGCCUGGAAACCAAGGGAGCACAUGGAGAUGAGCAGCAAGAAACAUGGGCUCAAAAGGGAGAUGGAGAAGCUGAGGAGGGCCAGGGGCUGCUGGGGUGGGCAGAGGCUGGGGCAGAGCCAGUGAGGGCUAGGCUGAGUUCUCCAGGGGCAAAGGGGAGUCAGCCCCGGACCGGGGCCUGGGAGGUCCAGGGGCAGCACCCCCUCCCCGGGGGGGGCUGUGCAGCCCUGGGACCAGCCCUGGAGAGGACAGAGUCCCCAUCCUUGGGGUCAUCUCGGCUUGGCUGGGCAGGGCCACAGCUGGCCUCAUCCAGGGCUGGGGAUAGCCCUGCCCCAAAGGGAGCUUGGAUGGGGGCUCGCUUUCCCUGCAGUGCUGCUGGGAUGAUCCUGGAGGAUUCUUCCUAGAGCUGGCAGCCCUGGGCAUGGAUCUAUUUCUGCCAGGGCUGUGUCAGGGAGCAGAGUAUGGGGCUGCUCACCUUGGCCCCUUGGUGGACACAGGUUUGCCUCCAGCUCUGGAUGCCGAGGUGAGCUGUUCCCGAGGGCUGGGGCUGCCCCUCUCACCAGGGCCACGUGCUGGGGAUAUCACUGGAGGUGGGGGAGAUUGGCACUGCUGGCCCCCAGCUCCUUCCCCUUCAUCACCCACCUCUCCAAGGACAGAAUUCACACCCUGGUGCCAAACGGGUGCCGCAGCAGCGCAUCAAAGCCCUGGCCCUGC